AUGAGUGAUUCGGAGACGCCCCGUGGAGCGCACUCGAAAACGAUCCCGCGAAGAAACAUUUUGGAUACCUUGUCAGGAUCCACCAGCAGUGUAGUCAAAUCCAUCGCUCAACAGAAAGCAGAAAAAGAAGCGAAGGAGAAGAGCCGCAUUAUGGAGCGGAAUUUGGAAUCGCUGUUGGAUCGGCGGGACAUGCUCGUCGAUAAAUUGAUGCGGAUGAAUGAUUCGUUGAACGCGGAAUCGGUGAGCAUCCAUUUGCUGAAGCUGUUCGAGGAAAACCUACGCCGGAGUGCGGACGAGUACGAAAAAACGUACUCUGACAUUUCGCUGCUGCUCUCAAAGGACGAGCGAGUAGCACAACGAGUGGAGUACACAUCAUUCGAAAAACUCCACAAUGCGGUGUACGUCAAGCUACAAGGAAAGAUUGCCAAGACAGAGCUCACAAACAAGCUAGUGUGCCGACCGUGUCUGCAGCUACCACAACCGGACAACCAGAACUGGUACAGUUUUAAGAAUCUGUUCCAGAGUAUCAUGUCGCGGUAUACCCACGAGACCCCGGCCAUGAAGAUUCUACACCUGCGGAACGCACUCACCGGUGACGCUAAGGACAAGAUCGACCAGGACAUUGUAAAUAACAAUGACUACGAUGCUGCCUGGAGGAUCUUGGAAGACGCCUACGAAGACAAACGAUUGAUACUCGAUACCCACAUCGAUGCCAUCCUGGAUUGCCCGAAAAUCACGAAGGAGACUCGCGUUGGAGGCCUGGCAGAGCUAGUAUUCGUCAAUGUGAUCUACAAGAAACUCGACAGGGAGACCCAGGAACAAUGGGAAUUGAAGCUCGGUAGCGGUGAAUUGCCAGACUACGUCGAGUUUAUGGAGUUUCUUCGAGAGCGUGGUCGUGUUUUGCAGCGCACAAGUCGGUUCCAGCAGCCGGCGCAGCAAUCAACUGCGGGCUCCAGCAAGCAACGCCAAGUGGUUGGACAGAAGUCGCAACCCCAACUCAAGUCAUUCGUGCAAACCUCGAUGGAAGUGUGUGCCUGCUGCAAGGAGGAUCACCCUAUCUUCCGGUGCUCAACGUUCAAAAACAUGACUGUCACGGAGCGCAAGUCCGUUGCCACCAAAGCAAACUUGUGCUUCAACUGUAUGAAGGCGAAACAUCGGGUGAAUGAAUGCCAAUCUGAAGCUCGUUGUAAGGUGCAGGGUUGUGGCCGCAAACACCACAGUCUUCUGCACGCCAGCGAUACUCGUGCCCCUCCAGCUCCCGAAAAGGUCGACGAAGCGAAACAUCAAACGGUACCCCCGGCCCCAGCCGGUGGCGAAGCAAAAGUUCCUGAGCAGCAGAAUAACGCGGUAUCCCUGUGUGCCAACGUCGGAAGUUCCAAACGCCAAGUACUACUCUCAACGGCGAUAGUGAUGGUGGUCGGUCAUGGCGGUACCACUAUCAGAUGCCGUGCGCUAUUGGACUCGGGGUCCGACAGCAACAUAAUCACCGAGAAGCUAGCAAGCAGACUGAACCUCAAGAUGAAUCGCGUGAACUUGCCAGUAUGUGGACUGAACGACAUACAAACCCGAGUUGAGUAUAUGUUAUCCACUAAGAUCAUUUCUUGCGUUAAUUCCUUUGCCUCAUUCGUUUUAGAUUUCCUGGUCGUUAAACGAAUCACGUCGAAUCUGCCCGUGGUUGAAAUUGACACUCGAUCCUGGCCCCUGCCAUCUGGCUUGCAGCUGGCCGACCCUAAGUUCCAAACCCCAGGAGAGAUUGAUCUCAUCAUUGGGAACGAAAUUUUCUUUGAUCUCAUCAUGAAAGGCCGUCACAAGAUCGGCCGUAACGAGCUGACACUGGCUGAGACGGAAUUAGGGUGGGUCGUUGGUGGAUCGAUGCCGACCAGGAAAGCCAAACCAUGCCCGCGUGUGUGCCAGCUAAACCGCUACGAAGAAGAGCUGAACAAGACGAUGUUGAAGUUUUGGGAGAUCGAAAGCGUCCAUCCGGAGUCCAAUCUGACAGCCGCUGAGGCUGCCGUCGAAGAGCAUUUCAAAAGCACUCACACUCGUGAUGACGAAGGACGGUACAUCGUCCGGCUUCCAUUCAACCACCUACAGGGUCAACUUGGCGACUCUUUUAACAAUGCUCGGAAGCGCCUGGACAAGCUCGUCAUCGCACUAGCCAGAAAUCCAACGAAGCGUGUCGAAUAUUCUGCGUUUCUGGCCGAGUACUUAGCAUUGGGUCACAUGAAGGAGGUCCAAUCUGUGAGUGAUGACUACGGUGGCUACUACAUCCCGCACCAUGCAGUACACAAAACAUCAAGCUCGACUACUAAAACCAGAGUGGUAUUCGACGCAUCAGCGAAGACCACGACAGAUCUGUCGCUAAACGACACGCUGUCUGUGGGGCCCACUGUGCAAAACGACCUUUUCUCUAUCAUCUUGAAGUUUUGUACUCAUCAAGUGGUGCUUACCGCAGAUAUCCCCAAAAUGUACCGGCAGGUCAAACUGCACACGGACGACUGCAAGUACCAGCGAAUUCUAUGGUUGGACGACGACAGCAAGCUGAAGGUGUACGAGUUACAAACCGUAACGUACGGCGUCGCCAGCUCACUGCACCACGCAACAAGGGUACUGGUACAAUUGGCAACAGAUGAAGGCAAGGAAUUCCCCCUGGCGUCGAAAGUUAUCAUCGAGGACAGCUACAUUGACGAUUUUUUGACUGGUGGUUCGUCAACCACUGAAGCAAUCCGAAUCUACGAGGAGCUGUCGGAGCUGCUACGCCGAGGAGGGUUCGGCGUGCACAAGUUUUGUUGA